CGGAAGUUACAGAAAGGUGGCGAUCAGCGCUAGGUUACUCUGUGCCGCGCAGUCAGACGUUGGUUAUCUUGUGAAUUUUGAGACAAGGUCUCGCUGUGUAACUCAGGUUAGCUUUGAACGUAAUUAGCUCAAGCUGGCAUGGAACACGCGGCGAUGCUACCCAGCUUCCAGAACGCUAACAUUACAGGCUGAACUAGCCUUAGUUUUGUUGUUUUGUUUUGACUGGCGCUCGUGUAGUCCACGCUUGCCUCGCACGUGAUCCUCUGGUCUAACAGUGAGCCACCAUUUCUGGCUUGGAAAGAAGAUUAUAAAUGUCAGAGCCAUUUAACUGUUUAGCUGAUACUUUUGGUGCCAACCUCUCCGUUUUAGAGAAAAUUCAGGAAAAGCUGUUAGAAGAGGAAAUCCACAUCAGCAAUGGCUAUACCAAUAACAGUGCUUGACUGUGAUCUCUUGCUGUAUGGCCGAGGUCACCGGACCUUGGACCGGUUUAAGCUGGAUGAUGUGACUGAUGACUACUUGAUGUCCAUGUAUGGAUUUCCCCGACAAUUCAUUUACUACUUAGUGGAACUCUUGGGGGCAAGUCUUUCUCGGCCUACUCAGCGAUCUCGGGCUAUUAGCCCAGAGACCCAGAUCCUGGCAGCGUUAGGGUUUUACACCUCAGGCUCCUUCCAGACCCGGAUGGGAGACGCCAUUGGAAUUAGUCAAGCCUCUAUGAGUCGCUGCGUUGCCAAUGUCACUGAAGCCCUUGUGGAACGGGCCUCACAGUUUAUUCACUUUCCAGCUGAUGAAGCUGCCAUACAGUCUCUAAAGGACGAAUUCUAUGGAUUGGCAGGGAUGCCAGGGGUGAUAGGGGUGGCUGACUGUAUCCAUGUGGCAAUCAAGGCUCCAAAUGCUGAAGACCUCUCUUACGUGAACCGAAAGGGUCUACAUUCUCUAAACUGUCUGGUGGUGUGUGACAUCAGAGGGGCACUGAUGACUGUGGAGACAAGCUGGCCAGGUGGCCUCCAGGACUGUGCUGUGCUGCAGCGGUCCUCCGUCACCAGUCAGUUCGAAACUGGCAUGCCCAAAGAGACCUGGCUUCUUGGUGACAGUUCCUUCUUUCUCCGCACCUGGCUCCUGACUCCACUACAUAGUCCUGAAACUCCAGCCGAGUAUCGCUAUAACAGGGCCCAUUCUGCAACUCACAGUGUGAUUGAGAAGACUUUGCGGACCCUCUGCUGUAGGUUCCGGUGCCUGGAUGGAUCGAAAGGGGCGCUGCAGUACUCACCAGAGAAAUCCAGCCACAUCAUCUUAGCUUGUUGUGUCCUUCACAACAUUGCCCUGGAACACGGGAUGGAUGUCUGGUCCUCUGCGGUGACUGGACCCAUUGAACAGCCCCCUGCGGGGGAGCAUGAACAAAUGGAGUCUCUGGAUUUGGAGGCUGAGCGGGUCCGCCAGGGACUGAUACUCACUCAUUUUAGUUAGUAUGCCAGGAGGAAGACUUUCCAGAACAAACGGACAACUUUCCCUCUUACUAGCCAUUCGGAAGUUCAGCCAUCUGGUGGUACUAAAUGUGGGCACUUGUCAUAAAUUAACACUUAAAGCUUUAGAAGGGCAGGUGCAAGGGCAAAUGUGUCAACUAGACCAAAAUCAAGACGGUGUUUCCCUAAUUUGUGGUAAACCCCAGGCUGCACUAUUCUUUUGAAAUUCACUGGAUGCAACAGCAAAGUCACAAUAAAGGAGAGAACAGCACACAGCCAAA